UUAAGCGACUCUGGGAUUUUUUGCCCAAUAAAUCCCUUUCUCUUCUAAAUUUCUCCUUUUACAUGUAAAAAAACUGUUGCGGCAUCUAGCCUCAAAUGAAAUAAUAAUUAUUAAAUCAGUAUUGAUAAUUUUAUUAUUUUUAAUACAUUUUUGAUAUACGUAUCGUAUCGAUAAUAUUUUGUCUGUAGGUAUCGAACCACGAACAUCACUGUGAUAGAUUUGUUGUCAAAUCACGGGUCAAUCAAACGGAAUCUAAUAGGCCGGUUAGGAAAAAGCUAGAAAUCCAUCUAUCUGUUUAUUGUUCUUGCUUUGUGAUUAAUUAAAAUUACAAACAAAAUGUCUUUCUUGGUAAAACAGCUAGCUCGCAGAGAUGGUGGUCUUGGCAAGAUAGAAAUCCCUCUUCUUGCUGACUACUCCAAGAAGAUCUCAGAAGACUACAAUGUCCUUUUAGAUGCUGGGUUCGCUCUUAGAGGUCUAUUCGUGAUUGACAGGAAUGGAAUCCUAAGACACAUGUCAGUCAACGACCUACCAGUCGUGUGCCCAGCCAAUUGGAACCCCGACACAAAUUCAGCCACGAUCAAGCCUAGUCCCAAAGCCAGCAAGGAAUACUUUGAAAAGGCCAACUAAUGUCUUCCAUACAAAUUACAACCUUACGGCAUUUAUAUAAGAGUACUUUUUGCAUAACAAUUGGGCAUAGUAUUAUGAAAUGUCUAGAAGCAAAACGGGUUUUUCGGAAGGAAAGGUGUGCAAUGCAAUUUGAGCUUUAUUGUAAGGGAAAAUGGUGUAGAACAGUAAUUAUUAUGUAAUUUAUUAUUUUUUCAGGUAUUGUGUAAUGCAUAGUGUAUCUUGCAGUCAUUAUAAAUGAAUAUUGUUAAGA